AUGAGCCUCAACACCCUCGACCUCCAGGCCCUGGCCGCGACCGCCCGCACAGCCGCCACGACCCUGCGCCAGAACCGACCGGCCUCCCUCACCGCGGCGGCCGCCGUCGGCGCCGCCGUCGCGAUCCCGCUGCUCUGGCGCCUCGUGGCCGACUACCGCGCCUGGUACGCCCUCGGCCCCAACGGCCUGUCCAGCAACCCGGGCGGGUACCUCUUCCAGGUGCUGCUGACGCCGCUCGCGCGCGCCGACACGUGCGUGCCCGCGCCCUACGACCCCGUCGCGCUCGCGCGCUCGCCGCCCUACGGGCCCCUGAGCCGCCGCUCCUUCUUCGCCGCUGGCGCCGUGCCCCCCCGCGCCCGCGCCCGCCCCGACAUCCCGCGCUUCGUCGCGCCCCACCGCCAGACGAGCCAGCGCGGCAGCGCCGCCACCCGCGCGCGCCAGAACGACUUUCUGCGCGCGCUGGCCGCGGCCAACCCGGCGCUGCUCUGCGUGCGGCCGUCGCGGCUCGAGGGCCCGCUCUUCGACGCGCUGUGGGUGACCACGACGCCGACGCCCGCGACCGAGGAGGGAGAGGGAAAAGGAGGGGAGGGGCCGCCGCAGCACCGCGCUGAGCUGCGGCGACUCAGCGGCGAGUUCGCGCACGUGCACGGCGAGGGCAGCACCCACCUCGUGCUGAGCCCGGCGGACGCGGCGGCCGCUAUCGCCGCUGGCUGGGGAGAGCGGCAUCCGAUGAGCGGGGUCAGCAUCCGCCGGGGGCGCUCCAUGCUGCCCUGGGGCUACAUUAUGAUCUACGCGCCGCGCGAAGGCGACGACGACGAGAUGCGCAUCUGGCGCGAGUUUGUCGUCGCGAGCGCGCGUUACAUAUUCGCCGGCGAGCAGGAGAUCGUGAUACCGUAG